AUGAAUUCAAGAGAUCCUGCUUACAGAGAUUGUGAUGGAAAAGCUGUUACUCAAUGUAUAUGGGAAAUAUAUUUAGUGGCAUUAUUAGCACUUGUAAUUACAUGUUCACACAUAAUCCUUGCUAUAACUUCCAGUAACUGGAGUGGGAUUGCUUCUAUAGGAGCUGAACUAGCAUCAGCAAUUGUUUUCUUUAUUGCAAAACAUUCUCAGGUGCAAGAUGAUAAUGAUGAUGAGUUGGGUAAUGUUGAAACUAUAUCAAAACAAAUUGGAAUUAAUAUAGAAUUAAAGAAAAAG